AUGCAUGAGCAGCUACUCGAUGUCAUACCCCUGGCUGCAAGGUCCGGCGGUUUGACGGGCGAUGCGAGUAGUCGACCGCCCGUAUUUAAAGCCGUCGGUAUCUCCCUGGCGGUAGCAUCGGGCCUUUUCAUUGGAGUGUCCUUUGUCAUGAAAAAGGUUGGCCUGCUCAAGGCCAAUGUCAAAUACAAUGAAGAGGCUGGAGAGGGUUACGGAUAUCUCAAAAACUUCUACUGGUGGGCUGCGUAUGCAUUCGUGGAUGCUAUCUUGGUCACGCCCUUGGGCGCAUUAUCCGUCGUGGUGACAACCAUCUUGUCCGCCAUCUUCCUCAAGGAGCGGCUAAGCUUCGUGGGCAAAGUUGGCUGCUUCAAUUGCAUCAUUGGCUCUGUGGUGAUCGCAAUGAACGCUCCGCAGCAGUCCUCGGUUUCGAAUAUUCAAGAUAUGAAGCACUAUGCUUCGCGUCCUGCUUUUCUUGCCUAUGCUGGAGUUCUCAUCGCCGGUAGUGCAUUUUUGGCUAUUUGGGCUGGCCCCCGUUAUGGGAAAAAAAGCAUGUUUGUAUAUCUCUCGGUUUGCAGUCUUAUUGGCGCUCUAAGUGUCGUUGCUACUCAAGGUCUAGGAGCAGCCAUUAUUGCACAAAUAUCAGGGCAGUCACAAUUCAAGGAAUGGUUCCUCUAUGUUCUAUUGGUCUUUGUGAUAAUAACACUUUUAACUGAGAUCAUUUAUCUAAAUAAAGCUUUGAAUAUUUUCAAUGCCGCAUUGGUCACCCCAACUUACUAUGUGAUCUUCACUAGUGCUACAAUUGUCACCUCUGCUGUCUUGUUUCAGGGUUUCAAAGGAUCUCCAAUCAGUAUCACCACUGUUGUCAUGGGCUUCCUCCAAAUAUGCGCUGGAGUCGUGCUGCUGCAACUCUCAAAAUCCGCCAAAGAUGUGCCGGAUGCCGCUAUAUUCAAGGGGGACCUAGACCAAGUGCGAGAAGUUGCCCAGCAAGAACAACCGGAGACAGAGCCGAAAGCAGAUGCCAUCCGUGGCACCGCUGCUAUCAUUCGCCGAAUCUCAACCCCCAGGCAGAAGAUGGAAAUGGAUGAGAUAUUACGAUAUCAGCAUGAACGAAAACUUGACGAGUCGCAACAGGCUGGAGAGGAUGAAAUAAUCGAAUGGGAUGGUUUACGCAGAAGAAGGACGGUCGUGGGAUCAGGGGCAGCUACCACACCGCGGAGUACAAAGUCCCUUCACCCACCUCUUGGGAUGUCGCGGUUCCCGGACCUUGAUGAAGAGUCGACAACACCCCCCAGAACCGGGAGAUCGUUUUUGGGUAGCUUCCGCAGUCGUGCGUCGAGCCUCCUACAUUCUCCAAGAAAGUCAAGUGAGCAUUCGCAAAGUGCAAAUGCCGGAAUGUGUUCUGUUGAGUUGGAUUCUAUUCCGGACAAUUCAAGGACGGGGGGCAACGGUUACCACAAGUAUACGGAGAUCAAAAACCAUCCUGCCGAUGAGCUUCUAGCACCGUUCCAAUACGACAGUCAAAGGCGAAUGCGAAGUGAGACCCUGGGUUCUGUCAGGUUUGCAGAUGAUGUGAAAUUUAACGAUGACCCGCCGACUCCCCCGGUGCAUUCAUCCCAUCGCCAAUUCUCCUUCCAGAGACUUUUCCAUCGUGAAGCACAGUCUCCCCAUGCAAAAUCUCCCGGGGAAGCAUCCCAGGAGCGCGAUAAUGGAUUUUUCGGAUUCCCAGGCUUCAAGGCGCACUACUCACCUUCACGGCCGAAGCACGUUAUGAAAAACGCCACUGAGGAAGAAGUGCUGGGACUUGUGAAGGGCGAAACCAUGGAAACCCUGCCGUCUCAUGACCGGAGCCGCACUCCAUCUCCAACGCGGUCUAUCUUAGAAUCGAUGGAUCCGAAUACAUUUGGCGAAAGUCAUACGCCAAUUGCCAGCCCAUCCCGUCGUUCUUCUUCUACGUCGUCCUCUUCCUCGUUGCACUAUCAACAUCGAUUCAAUCGUGCCCCAUCGUAUGCUGAAGGAGAUGAUGCAGGUUAUGGCGCGAUAGACAACCCAAUCCGCUCCUCUCUACCCGUUACAAGUCGACCUAGUCUCGAUAUUUCGUCUCGCCAGCACACAGAGCAUUCCACUUUGGAAAAUGCCCGUUCUUUAACCGCUGAAGCAGCAGUACCAGUGUCCUUGCCGCGAUCCACGGUCCAAGGUCGAAGUUUACCACCACUACCAACAGAGGCCGAUCGGUUCCAUCCCACCCCCUUAUCCAAUCCUCCACAAGAUAUCUAUACUCAGAAUCCAAACAUAUCUAUCCCCCCUCUUCCUCCCGACCCUUGCUCUAUCCCGGCCGCCCCGCCGUCUGUCUCUUCCUCCUGCGGAGAGAUGGAUGUCGAGGGCUACGAUGAUCACCAAAUCGACCCUAGGCAUCGUGACCCCAGAGGUUUUUGA